GAAGCUGAGAAAUGAACAAAACUGUUUCUGCAGCAUCUUUCUCCCAGCUGCUUUCCUCGGUGGCUCAGCACUCUUCAGCUUUAAAUCAAGAUUACUGAGAUGCCGUAGCAAAUCUAUUGUUAAAGCAUCAGGAUCUUCUCUCCUGCAGCACAUCUGGUCCUGCAAUGCAGAAUCCCAAGGAAAUGAAUGGGCUGACUAGAUUCCACUGCAGGACUGAGAUUGGAUUGGCAAAUCCAUCGAUAAAGGACCUUGAUGGCCUCCGAGAGAGCCCACCGUUGACCGUCCUCCUCCGUGCAUUUCAGAACGAGUGCAUGAAAAUCUGGUCCCUCCUUCGCAGUGGGAAGUUCUCCUGUCACACCAACAGGCAGCCCAUCAGAGGACCCGAUGGCAGGAGGGACCUCAACAAGUGCCUGAUGUGCCAGCGGCUGCUGGAAAGAUACUCCAGAAACAAAGGGAGUGGUGAAGAAGCAAACAGGAACGUGAACUCUGGAGAGGAUGAGUGCCGGGAGUUCCGGGAUCUGUUCAAGAAUGGGAAGCUUUCCUGCACCAGGGAGAACGAUCCUGUCCGGGAUUCCUCAGGGAAGCAGCACAGCAACAAGUGCAUCAUGUGUGCGGAGAAAUUCAAAAGGGAGAAUGAGCAGAAGGCAACUUCAACCAGAGGGAAACAAAAGGAUGACUGCAGUGAGUACCGUUCCCAGUUUGAGGCUGGUGGGCGGCUGUCCUGCACACGGGAGAAUGACCCCGUCCGGGAUUCCUCUGGCAAGCAGCACACCAACAAGUGCCUCAUGUGUGCCGAGAAGCUCAAAAAAGAAGCUCAAAGAGGAGGUCAGUCUGGAACUGCCCAGCGCAACAAACAGUCUGCUGCAGAGUGUGCAAACCAGAAGAGCUGCAGUGGCUCAGGGUUUCAGCAGGGUAUGAAUGAGAGACGGCCAUUCUCCACAAACAGAGACCCACAAGGAAACUUGGCUCAGGACUGCAGCCCGGCACCCGGCCGCCAGGGACAGAGUGGAGGCACCAACACCUACCAGCCGCUGGACUGUGAUCGAAUUCUGCACGGGGUAAAGGGUGGAAGGAUUUUCUGCAGCGAAUCCUCACAACCUGUCUGUGGCACUGAUGGGAAAACAUACAAAAAUGAAUGUGACUUGUGUUCAGCUGCCAUGAGAGCAUCAGUUUACAUCACAGUAAACUAUCGAGGUGAAUGCCGAAAGACUGUCCCUGAAAUGAAAUAAUGGAGUUCAGACUGCCAGCGAAUACCAGGGAUCAGCUGUGACCAAAGGACAAGUAAAGGAAGAUCUGAUGUCAAGCACCAGGGAAGCUGCUGAGUUCCCAGUGCUGUUGGAUCCACCUUCAUCUCCUUCUGCAGCCAUCAGGCCUGUCCUCGCUCAGGUGGAGGGUGAAGGGCUGUGGGGACCCAGUGGUGGCUUCCCACGUUGGCCCCACACAUGUUGUUGUAGUCGCUGCUCGGCUCGGGCUCUGCCCCCUCGCUGUGUCUUAGCAUGUUUCUACAAUAAAGAUAACUCCACAGCGUCCUGUCGCUUUUCUUCACUGAGCCUCACAGGAGGGACGUGUGAGUCCCCGGUCCGGCUGCUCGCCGCGCGUCCCUUGAGCACUAAGCACCAAACCCAAGUGAAGAUGUCAGACACAGACAAGAAGAAUGUGGUCUGGGUUCUGUUAGCAGGGACCAGCAGUUGGGUUCUCUGACUUGCUGUAGGGCCUUGGGUGUAUCUCUUUGCCUCCCUUCAGCCCUUUUCUCUUGCCUGUAAAAAAUGGACAUUAAAAGAUGCUUACCUACCUCAGAGGGUUGUUUGGAGAUUUUAAUUGGUUUGCAUUGGAGAGCCCACAGACGGAAUUCUGUUCCUACGCACCAAUGCUGGAGUGCAGGACGUUUAACUGUUGCAGUCAUGGCCUCUUCCAGCCAACACCCGAUGGGCCGUGUGUAUUUCCUGUUCUUUCGUUUAUGGCUGUUACUUAAAGCAAAUAUGUUCUUAUUUGUAUAAACUUUAUUGCAGGACAUUUCCAGAAGACCUUGAGUGAACGUACAGUGUUUGAGUCCACUUUAGCUAUGACCUGAUCUGCAAAUACUCUCUGUUGUAGAUAAGGCCGGAGUGACUUUCAGGUUUUGGCAGAAUUUCACUCAAUGCCAAUUA